AAACAGUUUACCAUACUGGAGCUCAUCGGGGCAGUGGUCGGUACUUUUACGGCAACAAUUUCCCUGUUCCUCUGUGGCUACUGUCUGCUGUUCAUACAUCGGAAGAGGAAUUCGAAGGAAGUCCGCGGACUCCUGAGAGAAAUUUCCAGCACGCAAUCAUAUCACCAAAUCCCGAUGCCCAAUGCUCCGAGAAAAGCCCCCGCAUAUCAGAUGAUAGAUCCUGGGUUGGCUUCUUCUACCGCAGCUACCUCCUUUCUCGCCUCUUUUGUUGGCCCCAUGGAAGACAUGGGCAAUGUGAUUUACACCAACGGCCAGGUGACCAACAUCUCAACCGCAGCCCCAACAGCCAACACACAUAACCCCCUCCUCUAUACCAGCUACGACCCCACCAUCAUCAACGGUGCUCUCUACUCUGACUGUCCGACAUACGAUUCUCCACAGUCCCGACAGCCCACACCGAACCAGGCGCCCCCACUGCCACCA